AUGGAGAACCAACCGCAGGACGUCGACCAGUCCAAGUACAUUGACAAUGCUAUUCGCGCUGUCCGUGAGAAGAAGCCGCUCCCUGAGAUUGACUUCACCCUGCAUACUAUGGAGGAUGGAAACCAAGUGAGCACCCAGGAACGUGUGUGCAAAGACGUACAAGCACCCGCCUUCCACCCGCCCACCGACGAGCAAUUCUUCUCACCGCAAGAUCGCACAAAGCCCAACAUUCAAUUCCUGAAGCAGCACUUCUACCGCGAAGGUCGCUUGACCGAACAGCAGGCGCUAUGGAUCAUAAAGAAGGGCACAGAGAUCCUCAAGUCGGAACCCAACAUGCUGGAGAUGGACGCACCCAUUACUGUGUGUGGUGAUGUCCACGGGCAAUACUACGAUCUCAUGAAGCUGUUUGAAGUCGGUGGCGACCCAGCAGAGACGCGCUACCUCUUCUUGGGAGACUACGUCGAUCGCGGCUAUUUCAGUAUAGAGUGUGUUUUGUACCUCUGGUCGCUCAAGAUCUGGUACCCCAACACCCUCUGGCUUCUCCGAGGAAACCACGAGUGCCGCCAUUUGACCGACUACUUCACAUUCAAGCUCGAAUGCAAGCACAAGUACUCCGAGGCCGUGUACGAGGCCUGCAUGGACUCGUUCUGCGCACUUCCCCUAGCGGCUGUUAUGAACAAGCAGUUCUUGUGUAUACACGGUGGAUUGAGUCCCGAGCUCCACACUCUGGACGACUUGAAGAGCAUUGACCGUUUCCGCGAGCCACCUACCCACGGCCUCAUGUGCGAUAUUCUCUGGGCUGAUCCUCUCGAAGAAUUCGGCCAGGAGAAGACCAACGACUUCUUCGUUCACAACCACGUCCGCGGAUGCUCAUACUUCUUUUCGUACCCCGCUGCGUGCGCUUUCCUCGAGAAAAACAACCUUCUGUCAAUCAUCCGCGCACACGAGGCGCAAGAUGCUGGAUACCGAAUGUACAGGAAAACACGGACAACUGGUUUCCCCAGUGUCAUGACAAUCUUCAGCGCGCCGAACUACCUCGACGUAUACAACAACAAGGCUGCGGUUCUGAAGUACGAGAACAACGUCAUGAACAUCCGACAGUUCAACUGCACACCGCAUCCGUACUGGCUGCCUAACUUUAUGGACGUCUUUACAUGGUCAUUGCCAUUUGUUGGCGAAAAGAUUACUGACAUGCUCAUUGCGAUCCUAAACACCUGUUCGAAGGAGGAGCUCGAAGAGGAGACGCCCAGCUCUCUGGCUUCCGGUCCAUCAUCGCCACCCCUCUCCAGCCUCGACCCAGAUUCGACCGAGUUCAAGCGACGUGCGAUCAAAAACAAGAUUCUGGCGAUUGGUCGCCUCUCUCGUGUGUUCCAAGUGCUGCGCGAGGAGUCUGAGCGUGUCACUGAGCUCAAGACUGCAUCGGGUGGUCGACUUCCCGCGGGUACGCUCAUGCUCGGUGCGGAGGGAAUCAAGCAGGCGAUCCACAGCUUCGAGGACGCACGCAAGGUUGAUUUGCAGAACGAGAGGCUCCCGCCGAGCCACGAAGAGGUGCGAAAGUCUCAGGAGGUUAGCCGAGAGCAGGCUCUCGAGAAGGCCACCAAAGAAGCCGACAACGACCAAGGUCUCGCGACUGUCGCAAGACGCAUCAGCAUGUAA